AUGAGGCAACCAACAACCGAAGAUACUAAGAGGCUAUUGGCUGAGAACGAAGCUCGUGGUUUUCCUGGAAUGCUUGGAAGCCUCUAUUGCACCCAUUGGGAGUGGAAGUAUUGUCCUACAGAAGAAUUCGGCCGACACGUGGGACACAUUAAGAAACUAAAUCUUGUUUUACAGGCAGUGGCAUCAUACGACAGAUGGUUCUGGCACUGUUAUUUUGGCGAGGCCGGGGCUAACAACGACUUGAAUGUUUUGGCGCAGUCGAGAUUAUUUGAUAGGGAUAAGAAUGCGUUAUCCCUGCUUGAAGAUAUUGCAAUUGUUGCUGGAUGGGUUAGUGUAAGGACAGCUCCGGUUGUGGAAGGUGUAGAUAGACCCCACCAAAACAUAUGA